GCGGUGGUUCAUCGUGUUUCUUCUCCGUUUCUCAGAUACUCACUAUAUUAACUACCCUCAGCAUGGAUUUCUUCCGCGCCGUUUUCGUGCGUUACAUGAACAACUGCUGGUGCUGGGACUUGGAGAAACAAUUUCCGCAAUACGGCGACUUCAAGAUCGCCGAGAACAUACUUCACUUGGUGUACAAUCAAGGCAUGGUUUGGAUGGGCAUGUUUUUCAGUCCCGGUUUGACAGCGCUAAACCUUCUCAAGCUCGGCAUCUUGAUGUACCUACGUUCCUGGGCGGUUCUCACAUGCAACGUGCCGCACGAGGUGGUUUUCCGAGCCUCCAGAUCCAACAAUUUCUACUUUGCGCUUCUACUGACCAUGCUGUUUUUGUGCGUGUUGCCGGUCGGUUACGCAAUAGUCUGGGUCGAGCCUUCGUGGCAUUGCGGCCCAUUUUCUGGUUAUCCAAAGAUUUAUAAUUUAGCGACACAGACCUUGAUAAAUUCGCUUCCACAAGUGAUUCAACGGUGUGUCUCCGCACGCUUUGUCAAAGGCAUUCAAUUAUUAUUACUACAUCAUAUAAGAUAUAUACAGCGUAAUCGAUCACGAGAAUUUUAAUCCAUCUUUGUUUAUAGAUGUCUC